AUGUCAUCCCGUCCAAGCUCGUCCAAGCCUCAGGGAGUUUCCAAGUGUCGAUACACCACCUCGGCCUUGUCAAAGGGAACUGCAACUUUGCAAAAGGGGAUUACUGGAGGAAUAAUGGCGGACGACGAAAACACCAAGACGCAGGCUGAGGAGGAUCGCCUUCUCAUGCCACCUCCCCCUCGACCCGCCACUCGUCGAACCCGGUCCUCUCCUAACAAAGCGUCUCCUCAGAAGGCUGCCGAAUUUACGAUGAAACUUCGACCUCGAAAGAACAAGAACAAGGACAACCCCGAGCCUGUCGCUACCACCACCAACACUGACAUCAACACCGGCACCGACGCCACGGAUGCCAACGACAAGCCCGACACCAAGAAGCCAGAGGAUGACACCAAGGAGUCAGAGGAUGAAGACCUUCCUCCCAUCAAACCCCUCAGCAGGCGGGAACGCCUGCUUUUCCCUGGCAUCAUGCCCACAUCCCGCUGGCUAUUUGAGACCAUGAUCCCCGAGGAGGUCGAGCUCUGGCGCGAGUUGGCGCCUCAGGCGGGUGAUGGUAUGUUGACUGUCGACGAAGUUGACAACCUGUGCGAGGAGUUCUACAAAGAAUCGCGAGAUUGA